GCUGACCGCAGUUUCUCUUUUCACUGGAUGACAGAUGCGUCAGCAUCUCCCGUUCUGUUUUUGUUUCCGCUGAACAUCAGCUCAAGCCUGUCGUCCGACAGCAGUCGCUCUUUCUACUGGAUGACGGAUGCGUCACCAUCUCCUGUUCUAUCUCUAUUUCCGCUGAACAUCAGCUCAAACCUGUCAUCUGACAUCCGUCGCUCUUUCUACCAGAUCACGGAUGCGCCUUCCUUCUCAUAUUUCUUCUUUCUUUCUUAUCCAUCGUCCAGCUCAUGCCACUCUUUCAUAUACCCCUUUCACCUUUCUCUUUCCUUCUCAUCUAUCGUCCAGCGGAUGCCACUCCUUCAUAUACCCUUUUAACCUUUCUCUUUCCUUCUCCGCUUCAUAUACCCUCUUCAUCUUUCUUUCCCAAUUCUCUCUUCAUAUCUAUUGUUCGACCCACGUCACUCCUUCAUAUACCCUUUUCACCUUUUUCUUGGCCCUCCGACAUCUAUCAGUUCCUCGAUCCUCAAGUUCACCAGCCGCCCUUGCCCUCUACCUCCCCCUUUCGCGCACCACGGUUCACUCGCAGCUCCAUACCCAGUCUUUCGACAUCUUGCGCUUCUUCUCUGCCCCCGGGGCUUACACCCAUUCGUGCGUACUACGGUCUACACGCAACUCCACACCCAGCCUAUUCCAUGAUUACGAUCUUUUCUCUGCCCGGACACCGGAAAGGCCUGCACCCAUUCGAAGCGCGCACUACGUACACGCAGCUCUACACGCAGCCUAUUCCACCCGGUCUAUUUUAUGGUUCGUCUAUGACUCAUCUCAUCACACCUCUUUAUGCAUUAUGCCUUAUGACUUUACGACCUUACGACCUUAUGACUUUACGACUUCAUGAUACCCCCAUGCCACUUUUCCUCUAGUUUUUAUGCCACACCACUAUUUCUUAUAUGCCUUAUGCCUUAUGCCUUAUGCCCUAUGCCCUAUGCCUUAUGCCUUAUGCCCUAUGCC